GAGACCACAUGGAAGAGAUAAGCUUAUCCACCCCUGAUUUGCAUGGUCCCGAACAAUAAUACAAACCUUGAGAUAACAAUUGAAUGAAUGAAACCACUAUCAACAACCAAACAAUUAACAACAAUUUCAUCUACACCAAUUUCAAUAAUCUCAUCAUAAUCAAUGGCUGAAAGCGUACUUUCUGUCGUCCUCCCUUUGCUCAUUGAGAAGUUGGUCUCUGAAACUUCGAAUAGCAUUGCUCGCUACAAGGGGAUUGAUGCCGAGAUUGAGAAAUGUCAGGACUCGUUGAAACUAAUCCAACGUGUGCUUGCUGAUGCUUCUCGGAAGGGGAUAACUGAUGAUGCUGUGAAAGGAUGGCUGAAUGAUCUACAGCAUUUGGCUUAUGACAUCGAUGACGUACUCGAUGGUUGGGCAACCGAUGCUAUGCAUCGUGAGUUCACCCACGAGUCAGAAGGCAUGACCAGCAAGGUAAGAAAGCUGAUCCCAAGUUGUUGCACAAACUUCUCACCAACUAUUAAGAUGCAUGACAAGUUAGAUCGUAUUAACGCCAAGUUAGAACUUCUCGUUAAGCAGAGAGAUGAUUUUGGUUUGAGUGUGGGAGGGGAAACUAAGCCAAAAAAUAAUAACAGAAGAUUCCAAUCCUCUGUUGUUGAUCCAUCUAGUAUUGUUGGACGCCAAGCUGAGAAAGAGGCACUGGUCCAACAGUUACUGUUACCAGCGGAAGAACCAUGUGAUAGAAACUAUAGCAUUGUUCCCAUACUUGGUAUGGGUGGGGUUGGGAAAACUACUCUAGCCAGGCUUUUAUAUAACGAAGAGCAAGUCAAGGAUCACUUCGAAGUAAAGGCAUGGGUUUGUGUUUCAGACGAGUUUGAUAGCUUUCGCAUAAGCAAAGAGAUCUUUCAAUCUAUGGCAAAAAAGGAAAUUUCAGAUUUUAAUGAGCUUCAAGAAGCUCUCAGAGAUCACCUAACUGGGAAAAGAUUUUUACUGGUGUUGGACGAUGUGUGGAGUGAGAGACGUGAGGAUUGGGAAACCCUCGUCAGGCCGUUUUACACAUGUGCUCCAGGAAGUAAAAUCAUUGUAACAACACGGAAGGAUAAAUUGCUCAAAAUUCUGGGUUACAAUCCUCUAAACAAGCAGCUGGAGAGCCUGUCAUAUGAUGAAGCUUUGUCCUUGUUCGCUGUUCAUGCUUUAGGCGUAAGAAAUUUUGAUUCACAUUCGUCACUUAAACCACAUGGUGAAGGCAUUGUGAAAAAAUGUAAUGGGUUGCCUUUGGCAUUGAUCGCACUUGGGACAUCACUGAGGAGAAAAGAAGAUGAAGAUUCAUGGAAGGAAGUGUUAGAAAGUGAGAUAUGGAAAUUACCGGAUGAAGACGAAAUCAUCCCCGCCCUAAGACUAAGCUACCAUGAUCUUUCCGGACCUUUGAAGCAGUUGUUCGCAUACUGCUCCUUGUUUCCCAAGGACUUCCUGUUUGACAAGAAGGAACUCGUUUUGUUAUGGAUGGCUGAAGGUUUCUUGCACCAUCCAACUCCAAGUGACUCAACAGAAGAACGCUUGGGUCAUGAAUUCUUUGACGAGUUGUUGUCAAGGUCGUUUUUUCAACAUGCACCUAAUAAUGAAUCGUUGUUUGUGAUGCAUGACCUCAUGAAUGACUUGGCAACAUCUGUUUCUACCGAGUUUUUUUUAAGGUUAGACAAUGAGAACGAGAAAAAUAUUAGGAAGGGAAUGUUGGAAAAGUACCGACACAUGUCAUUUGUUCGGGAGAAAUAUGUAGCUUACAAGAAGUUUGAGGCAUUUGAAAGAGCCAAAUGUUUGAGGACAUACUUGGCAACUGGGGAGGUAGGAAGGUGGCCGGAAUUCUACUUUUCCAAUAAGAUUCUCACCAACUUGCUUCCUAAGUUACCACUACUAAGGGUUCUAAGUUUGAGCGGCUUUAGAAUAAGUGAGGUACCGGAGUCUAUUGGUACUUUGAGGCACUUGAGAUAUCUUAAUCUAUCUCGUACUUGGAUCAAUCAUUUACCGGAAACUGUUGGCAAUCUCUACAAUUUACAAACAUUGAUCUUGUUUGGUUGUAAUAACUUAACUAAGUUUCCCAACAGUUUCCGAAAGCUUACAAACCUACAGCAUCUUGACGUUAAGGAUACCCCGCUUUUGUUUCAGAUGCUGUUAGAGAUUGGCAAGAUGAAAAGCCUAAAAAUUACUCUCUCGAAAAUCAAAAUCGAAAGUGAAAGCGGAAGUGAAAUAGCCAAACUUAAAGACUUUAAGAAUCUAUAUGAAAAAAUUUCCGUUGUAGGUUUGGAAAAAGUGCAAAAUGCAACCUAUGCAUAUGAGGCGAACUUUUCACAAAAGAAGCUUCGUGAGUUAGAGCUUGUAUGGAGUGAUGAGCUACAUGAUUCACGAAAUGAAAUGCUUGAAAAAGAGGUCCUAAAUGAGCUAAAGCCUUGCCAAGAUGAUUUAAUACAACUCAAAAUUUGGUCAUAUGGGGGACUGGAGUUUCCAAAGUGGGUUGGGGAUCCCUCGUUUCUUCAUUUGAAACAUGUGUCAAUAAGGGGCUGUAAGAGAUGUACAUCAAUACCGCCACUGGGACAACUACCGUCACUGAAGGAGUUGUUAAUUGAAGGCUUACAUGGAGUGGAAGUUGUGGGUUUUGAGUUAUUUGGGACUGGUCAAGCAUUUCCUUCGCUUGAAAUUCUAAGUUUUCGUGAUAUGUGUGGGUGGAAGAAAUGGUCAGUGGUUGUGUUUCCACGCUUGCAAAAGCUUGAGAUGAAAGAUUGUCCUAAUUUGGUUGAAGUCACACUUGAAGCGAUGCCUUCAUUGAAUGAUCUAAGAAUAAGUAAAUGUGAUAGUGGUGUGUUGAGAAGUCUGGUUGAAGUAGCUUCUUUAGCAGUCACCAAGUUGAGAAUAUGGGAGAUUUCAGGGCUUAAUGAUGUGGUGUGGGGAGGUGUUAUAGAGUCUCUGGGGGGAGUUGAAGAAUUAAGAAUAUGCAGGUGUAAUGAAAUAAGAUACGUGGUGAAAUCAGAUGCAGAUGCAAGUAAGAUUCUUGUGACGCUGAGGAAACUGGAAGUGUGGGAUUGUGAUAAUUUGGUGAGUAUAGGAGAGAAUGAGGAAGAGGAGGAGGAUAAUUGUAGAAGCAACCUCCUAACAUCUCUUAGGAAGUUGAGAGUGUAUGGUUGUAAGAAUAUGGAGUGUUGCAGUUGUCCAGAUGGCAUUGAGGAGUUGAGUGUACGGGACUGUAGUUCAAUGUCAGUUGUCUCGUUUCCAAAAGGACAGGAGAAGCUCAGGUCACUUGAAAUCAUUAGUUGCAGGAAACUAAUAGAAAGGGGUUGGGGAGGACAAAAGACGAACAACAGAAGCGGCAUGCCCAUGCUUGAACAUGUAACGAUAUAUAAUUUGCCAAAUCUGAAAUCACUCAUUGAACUGAAUUGCUUGGUUCACCUCACCACAUUGCUUAUUGCAAAUUGUGAAAGUCUUGAGUCAUUUCCAAACAAUUUGGCGUCGUUAGAGAAACUGGAAAUAAGAAAUUGUCCCAAAUUGGAAGUUUCCUUUCUUGGUGACAAUUUGACGUCAUUGGAGGAACUAAGUAUAAUCAAUUGUUCAAGUAUGGAUUCUCCUUUUUUUAGUUGGGUUUGGCCUCCCAAUUUGCGUUCCUUAGAAAUAGGAAACUUGAAGAAGCCUUCCUCAGAGUGGGGUCCACAGACAUUCCCAACCUCACUUGUGAAACUCAAGUUAUACGGUGGUGGUGAAGAUGGAGCUGGAAGUUGUAGUCAGUUUUCUCAUCUUCUUCCUUCAUCUCUUAUUUCUCUUACUAUAGAUAGAUUUGAGAAAUUGGAAUCAUUUACAACGGACCUCCAACACCUCCAAUCUCUCUCUUUUGAAGAUUGCCGUAAUCUGAAGAAAGUGUCUUCACAUCCCCAACAUCUCCAGCAGCUCUCUUUUAUCCAUUGCCCUAAGAUGAAGGAUCUACCAGAAAUGUUGUUGCCUUCACUCUUGAGAUUAAGCAUCUGGUAUGAUUGCCCAAAACUGAAAGAAAGAUGCAGUAAAAGAGGCAGAUACUGGCCCCUAAUCUCCGAUAUCCCCCGUAUCGACAUAUGAAGGCUCAAUUGUGACAUGAAGCAUUCUGUUAUAAAAGAAUCGGAUGUAUUUGCUGGUAAAGUGCUGCUGCAUCUUAGUUGUGUUCUGCAUCUGCUGAAUGAUUCAUCAGACUAUGUACCAAUAUUGUAUCCACUUGCUGCAUCGUAAAACAGAUUUGUAAUGUUUAUGUACACAAAAUUGACUUCAAAUUGAUGAUUGUGUA